CAAAAAAAAAAAGAGCCCAAGCUCACAGUUCAGGCCUCGGGCUUCAGGCUAGCGGUUUGGAGUUUCUCCCCAAACGUGCGAGCUCCCUUGCGGCCUUGCCGGCCACCGAGAUGGCGCCGCCGCCGCCCCCUACGCCGGCGGCGAGGAUACUGAGAGAUUACGGGUGGGACCUGCUGCUCGGAUCGAUCGCCGCGUUCUACGCCGUCAUGGUGCCGUACACAAAGGUGGAGGAGAGCUUCAAUGUGCAGGCCAUACAUGAUAUUUUGUAUCACAAUCAUCACAUUGACAAGUAUGACCAUUUAGAAUUUCCUGGUGUUGUUCCUCGGACAUUUAUAGGAGCACUGGUAAUAUCUCUUUUAUCAUCGCCUGCAAUCCUCAUGAUGCGCAUAUUUCAUGUUCCAAAGGUUUAUAGCCUUCUAGCAGUUCGAUUAAUGUUGGGUUGUGUUACCCUGACAACUUUGAGACUUUUCCGAGUUGAGAUAAAAAGGAAGUACGGUCGGCAUGUUGAAGCAUUCUUUGUGAUACUAACUGCUAUCCAGUUUCACGUUUUGUUCUACUCAACUCGCCCCCUUCCAAAUAUCUUAGCUUUAGCUUUUGUAUGUGCUUUCUGUCAUGCAGUUAAUUUGGCGUACUCUUUCUGGUUCAAGGGAAAUUUCCUAUGUACAUUACAGGCAUUGAUCGUUGCAGCUGUUGUUUUUAGAUGCGAUAUGGUUCUGCUUCUUGGUACAAUAGGGAUUGCACUUUUACUGAGCAGGUCUUUUUCUCUUUUGGAAGCUGUAAAGUGCUGCAUAAGCACUGUCCUUGUAUGCAUCGGAUUCACAGUACUAGUUGACUCGAUAAUGUGGCAGAGAAUCCUGUGGCCAGAAUUCGAAGUUUUCUGGUUCAAUUCAGUUCUGAACCGGAGUUCAGAAUGGGGUACACAUUCGAUCCAUUGGUACUUCACCUCUGCACUUCCACGCUCCAUGCUUGUAGCCUAUCCUCUUUGUUUGGUUGGUGCUCUUCUUGAUAGGAGGAUAGUGCCAUACGUGCUUCCAGUUGCCUUAUUUGUUGUACUUUAUUCAAAACUUCCGCAUAAGGAGCUUCGUUUCAUAAUUGCUUCAAUUCCCAUGUUUAAUGUGUCCGCUUCUUUGGCAGCAGGCAGAAUAUAUAAUAACAGAAAGAAAUCUGGGUGGAAUUUUCUUUAUGUUCUCAUGCUUGGCGCCUUCCUAGUCAGUCUAGGAUACUCUGCUGUGACUUUCAUGGCCUCCUACAGCAAUUAUCCCGGUGGCCAUGCUCUAAAGGCUCUACAUGAAGCAGAUUCUUCUGUGAAGGAAAAAACGGUUCACAUUGAUGCCUUUACCGCAAUGAGCGGAGUUUCCCGUUUCUGCGAAAAUGAAAAUCCUUGGAGAUACUCGAAGGAGGAAGACAUUUCCAUUGAAGAAUAUCAGAGAAGAAAUUUCACCUAUCUACUGAAUGAGCACCGCUACAUUAGUGGCUACAAGUGCUUGUUUGCCGUGGAGGGAUUCUCCAGAGCGAAAAUUCAACCCGGAAUUCCACCCAUUUCUCUGGUGAAAGUGCCGAAAGUGUUUGCACAUGGGAACACGAGAGAUCCAGAUAUUCUUUCGCUAGAUUGGCCCGGUUGUCCUUGAGGUGAGGAAGAGCUCAGAUCUGUCACAGGACCACUAACUACCAACAGUAAAAGACGCUGAGCGUGCGUGAAUCCAGGUGAAGCCAACUCUAGAAGGUACAGGUUCGAGGAAUGCCAUCUACUGUACCUCCCAGAGUAAGACUGAAAACACCGCAGUUUGGAGAAGAGAAAAUUCACGUGUGUGUGUUGGCCUCCUCUCUGUCUCUGACCUCGCUGUCCUUAUCUGAUAGACAAAUAUACAAAGGAACAAGAGGCACCGUGACAUGGUCUUUGCGAAAAAGUAUUCUAUCUACAGUGCGCCAGUGCGCUUGUUGUGUGUC